CAGCCCCCAAACUUCUCCCCUCCUUCCCUUCCUGUCCCUUAUCCCACCCCACCCCAUGUCCUCCGAUGCUGUUCCCUCCGAAUCCGCCACCUUCUGGCAAUCCAUCCACCGUGCCCAGGCCGCCAUCAACUCCCUUUCCCUCAUCCUCGGCCCCCUCCCCGAGCCCCUGACCUUCUCCGAAAACCCCGCCACAUCUCUCCUCCAUGAUGCAGACAUCUCCCACGACAUCUCCAGCCGCCUCCGCCAUCCCGGUUCCGGCUCCGGCGACGACAACCUUUGCCGCUGGCUGUAUGACACCUUUCAGUCCACCGACCCGGGCCUCCAACUCGUUGUUCUCAACUUCCUCCCAACCAUCGUCGGUGUCUACCUUUCCCGUGCCAUCUCUCGGAAGCCCCUCGCUGGCUUCGAGGCUGUCAUGCUGGCCCUCUACGCGCACGAGACCGUGAUUCGGGGCGGCGAGCCUCAAACUGUGAUGCUUCCCAACCUCACAAAUCCAAGCCUCUACCACGAGGCCAAGGCCCCCACCAAGAGCCAAGCUGUGGAUCUCAACAUAGCGGUGCUCUCCCCUGCUUUGGAGCCAUGUGGCACGGUGCGUUCCACCAAACGAGCUCGAAUUAUUGGAGUAGCAUUGGAGCUAUACUACAGCAAGAUACACGACCUGCCCCUCUCUUCCAAGCUGGAGUUUUGUGAGUUUUGUGUGGAUUGGGCGGGCCAAAACGGGCCUUUGGAGGAGGAGAAACAUGGCAACUUCGAGUCUGAUGCGUCUUGUGCUGACCAACAAGGAGAAACAGUUCAAGUAAAAAGUGGUGAAGAAAAGCAUGGGAAGAAGAGGAGAAAGAUUCCUCUACCAUGGGAGCUCUUCCAGCCUAUAUUGAGGAUUAUAGGGUAUUGCCUUCUUGGUGGUUCGAACUCCGAAGAGCUUAAGGAAGCAGCGCUGGUGGCAGCGCAGCGCCUUCACUUGAGGGCGCUGCAUGAUGUGAAUCCCCAGGCAAUUCUUGCAUCCAGGAGCCUCCUCAGGUUGGCAAAGAUGCCGGGUGAUACUAUUUUAGAGCCGCCCAUUGUGAGCGAUUCCGAUGAUCUCGCUGCACUGGAGAGAGCAAAGAUUGAGCAAAGUCUAGCUAAUGACAUGUAAAAUUGAAUUACUUUUUUUUAGCUUAAAUGUAGAAAGAUUUGCCAAACCUUCGAAAGGGAAGAGGAGUGCCAACCGGCCAAGGCAAGUCCUAUUGAAAAUGUUAUAAAAAUAUUGUUUCAUUCAA